UACGGCGACGGUGUCGAUUUCGUAUUUCUUUUUCGUUCUCUUCGGCGUCCUACUCUAUUGCGUCUUCCAAUUGAAGGCACUCGGCAUUUUGAGACGUCUGCUUCUGUGGUGGCGUAAACAGCGGCAGCGGCCUAGGCAGAAGAAGAGGCAGAGCAGAAGAAAUAGUUUGAGGCGUAGACAUAUACACUUGCACGUUAACAGGCGCGUACGCACUUACACACGCCAUGUGCAGAGGAUCGGGCUAGAGAUAGAGUUUGAGCAGUUUCCGAAAUUAAUUUUGCCACUCUCUACAACACAGAAAUCCGUGAUGAACCACCUACGGGUGCACAAAUUCAAGAUCGGCGGCAAGGACAGCAGCAACGCCGCUUCUGCAGCGAUUGCGGCUGCAGCCGAUCCCUCGGACAACAAUAACACGAACACGAACAACAACAACAAUAACAACAAUGGAAGUGGCGGUGCCAAGGGAUUCCUCACGCGCAUCAAACGGUACUCGGUACUGGGGAACAAGCUGAGUCGCCGCCACUUGGGGAGCCUCAACUUACAGCCGUCGGCAGCCGGAUCGGAGGUUGCCGGCAGGGGAGAGCGUACAGGGCAGUCGCCCGGCAAGACGGUGUCUGGAAGCUACAACAUGACUGGCAGCCAUUCGGAGGACCAUCGGCUGGAGAUCGGUGCCCCGGUGCUUAUAUCGACCACCACAUUGGACACGGACCGCUUUGAUGUAACCGAGGCGCGACUCAAGCAGAUUGGCGGCGGCAUUGCCCAGACCUCGACCAUUGUGCGCACCCUGACGCCGCGCAGCUCCGACGAGGAGGAGUUCUUGGAUGCCCGCUGCACGCAGCCCGAUCGGGAUGAGCGGGAUGAGCCCGAGGAGUAUCAGACACCCAUACAUCAGCCACAGGAAGGCCUCGAGAAGCCACAGGCACAAAAGGAAGAUCCAGAGCCACAGGCGCAGGAGGAUUUCAAAGAAGGCUUGGUGAAGGAUGAGCAGAAGGAGGAGGAGAAGGAGAAGGUGGUGAUGCCACCGAUGCGAAGGGCCAACAUUGCCCGCCAGCAGCAGGCCAUGUCCGUGCAGAAUCUGCACAGAACCGAACUGAAGGUCUACCUGCACAAGUCGCCCUCGAUGACGCUGGACAUGAACGUGACGGCUCCAGGGCAUCUGGGCCCGGGCCUGAACAUGCCUGAGCUUCCGGAGUUGUACGGCGACAGCAAGCUAAGUCUGGCGGCCAGCUCCAUGGAGAAUGACAAGGAGAAUACACCAGUGGUGGUGGGCGUGCCACCAACCGCCAACGGAUUAGAAGGAUUCCUGUCACAGGAGCCACACUUUCGGAGCAUCGAAUCGUUCCAGCUACAUAGACGCUCGAAGCGCAGCUCCUCUCAGCCGAGCUCCAAGCAGAGCUCCAAGAUAAGCCUCGACUGCUCUGUGCACAGCUUUGACUUUGACUUCAAGUCGGUCAGCUAUCAAAGUCUAAAUGCCCAGAACCUGAUGGUGUCCAUUGACGAGCUGCAGGAGAUUACGCGGCAGAUCAACGAGACGGAGGACUUCACCAAGGAGGUGGAUCUAGAGUACUGCGAGCACCGGGAUCAGCUGCGUCCCAGCGAGCGUCGCAUUACGCUGCUCAAGAACAAGAACCAGACACUCAUCCACUUCAAUCAGCAGAAGGAGAAGCUGCGCAAGGGCUGGCAUGGCAUGAAACACUGGCUCGGCGAAGAGGGUAGCCGCCUAAAGGAGGCUGUCCGCCAGCAGACACCCCUCAAGCGUCUGGCCCGCUCACGCAGCAAUCUGAAUCAGUCGACAACAGACGCGAGUCGUCUGUCCUUAUCGCCGGACCGUGCGACGCGCGACGUCACCGAAAGCUGUGAGGAUAUCACCCAUCCCACGGAACUGGACUCCUCCAUGUCCCAGAGGGCAAACAGUGAUGAGGAUUUGUCACCAAAUGCCAAGCGCUUCAAGGAUGAGGUAUACCAAAGGAAUUGCUGUUCGUCGCGGGCUGGCCGUGGUCGUGUUUGUAGACAUGGUCGUGGUGGCCGUCGUGGCCACCGUUCACGCUGGAGUUUCAUUUCAUUGCUAACUGGUUCAAAUUCUUUAUACUCCCACCAGGGCCAAAAUGGAUUCGAGGAACUGCGUCGCUACAUCAAGCAGGGCGGAGACUUUAGCAAGGAGCUCAUAUUUGUCCUGCAGGAGCGUGCCGAUUCCGAAUUGAUCUACUCCAAAUCACUCUCGAAGCUGGCCAAUAAGCUUAACAAGGCUGGCCGCGAGAUACCUGGAAGUGUGGCGGAUGCCUGGCGUGGCGUGGCCACCGAAAUGGAGAGUCGCAGCGAUAUCCACCGCCAGCUGGCGGCCUCUCUCACCGAUGAGCUGGUCAAGCCGCUCAAGGUCGUGGUCGAGAGUCACCACAAGGCGCGCAAGGCGGUGGAAAGCACUGUGGACAAGGCCGCUCGUGUGCUCAGCGAAUGGCGCAUAACGGAGGCCAAGGCCAAGAAGGCCUCGCAUACGGCGGCGCGUGAGAACGAGAAGCUGCAGGACGCCAUGCUAGAUGUGCGCAUCCAGAAGUCGCCAUCCAUUGCCAUGCUCCACCAGGGUCCCAACAAGAUCUCGGCCGAAAAGGAGCUGAAGAACGCGGAGAAGGACUGCGUGAAGCUGGACAACAAGCGCAAGAAGGCCGAGGAGGCUGUGAAGCGUGCAGAUGUCGAGUACUACACAAUGUGUGUGCGCGCCGAACGGGCACGCGUCGACUGGGAGAUGGCCGUGCUACGCGGCAGCUCUCAGCUGCAGACCAACGAACAGCAGCGUCUUGCCAAUAUGCACAACUUUGCCCAGCAGUACGGUCGCCUCAUAUCCGAUAUAAAUCCCAUACUCGGUGGCCUCACAUGCCGCCUGCAGCCCCAGCUGGAUGCCUGUAAUGUCGACAAGGAUAUGCUUGUGGUGAGCAACAUUCGCCACCAUUCGGAGGGACCCAGCGAGCAGCUGCUGCCCGACUUCUACUGCGAACACACCACACUGGCCAUGAAUCGCGAGCGGCGCAAGCAUGCGCUCAUCAAGCUGCUGCAGCUGGUGAAAACCGAUCUGGAACGCGAGCGUAAGUCACGUGACGGCCUCCGCGGUCUCUCUCAGUCGUUGAACAACCAGGAGAACCAAAACAUCACCGAUAAGCUGUAUCACAUUCGAUCCAUGCUCACAUACCUGGAGGGAUCACGCAUCAAGCUGCAGUCUGCCCUCUUGGAGCUGGACCACAAGCCCCGCACCACACAUCCCCUGGCACAGCACAUUCAGAUAACGCGGGAUCGCACUGGGCUUCAACAGAGCAUUCUGAAGGUACCCAAUUGGCUGAAGAACAACGACAAGUCACAGCAGUCCGCAGGGCUGGACGUGACUGGCUUCGGCACCCAGGAUGAUGAGCAGGAGGAGGACGCCUGCUCCCAGAUGAUGGGCAACGCGCUCAGCAACAGCUCCUGUGCGGACAUCAGUGUGGCGGUGGCGGGGCCAGCUCUGAAGCACUUCAAUCGGAGCAAGAGCAACAUUGAGACCUUCAACACCAGCCAACCAAAGAUAAUCUCCACGACGAACGCCUCGCUGGCUGCUGUGGCACUGACGGCUUCUGUCAAAUGCAAGACCAUACCAGCGAACCAUCACCACAACCACCAUCAGGGCAGCGAUCGCGGCCAGGCGGAUGGUGGCUCCAAUCAGCAGGACUCGGACUUUGAUGAAUUCAGUUCACAGGACGAGGACGAGGAGGACACGGGCCCCAUCAAGGGACAGCAGGGACCACAGUCGCAGUCGCAGUCGCAGUCGCAAAACCAAAACCAAAACCAAAACCAGAUGCCAACGCAGCAUUUCUAUCAGAACGCGCAGGAUAUGCAGAAGGGAGGCCAUGGCCAGGGCCAAGUGCUCGGACGAUGCAAGGCGCUCUACAGCUACACACCAAAGCUCUACGAUGAACUGGAACUGAGUCCCGGCGACAUCAUCGAAGUUCAUGCCAAGCAGGAUGACGGCUGGUGGCUGGGGGCCCUGCGGAAUCACAUUGGCAUCUUUCCUGCCACCUAUGUGGAGGAGUGCUAGGGCAUACGAGACGCUACCUGAAGCAUCACUAGAGAUAUAUGUA